AUCUUUGCGAUGAAAAACUUGCAAGAGAGAAAGUAAUCAUCAAAGAACGAAUUCGAAUCUCUCUCUCUAUCUAGGUUUUUCCAAUCGCUAAAACCCUUACGUCUUUCAUACUAUCCAAUCCUGAAACCAAUUAGAUCGAACUGUUUCGUCGAUUAUAUUUCCGAAUUGUUUCCGUAAAACAAGGAGCGGGCAGAGAUUGAACGAUGUCUGCUAUUCUGUGCGGCAAGAGAUCCAUUUUCGAAGACCUACAAUCAUCUCCUCAAUCAUCACCGGCUCCUAAGAGGAUCCGGUGUUCCUCUUCAAGGUCUCCAGUUCAUCCUUGUCCUUCCAAUUCCUCACUUGUCGAUCAGCUCAGACUUCUCUUUCCUCGGAUGGAUAUUCAGGAUCUUGUAAGAACCCUGAAUGAAUGCGGUAAUGAUUUGGAUUCCGCUAUCAAGAGCUUACAUGAGCUUUCUCUUGGACAUGGUAACCCUGAUAUUGUGUCCCAGUUAAAUGCAUCGCCAGAGAAAGCAGGUGGAGUGUCUGUGGCUGUGGAUGGAAAUGUAGCUCCUCUUGUUCUUGAGUCGCCUUUAGAGCAGAAGAACUUCGCCGCCACCCCAAGGGAUGGUUCUGAAUGGGUGGAACUGUUGGUGAAUGAAAUGAUGAAUGCAUCUAGCAUAGAUGAUGCUAGAUGUCGUGCCACAAAAGUUCUAGAAAGCCUCGAGAAGUCAAUUGGAGCAAGUCACAACAACACCACUGCAGAGGCAACAAAAGACAUUCAUAAGGAGAACAUGAUGCUAAAGGAGCAAAUUGAAUUAUUGCUAAGGGAUAACACAAUUCUGAAACGAGCUGUAUCGAUUCAGCAUGAAAGACAGAAAGAAUAUGAAGAUAAGAAUCAGGAAGUUCAACAUCUCAAACAAAUGAUAUCCCAAUAUCAGGAGCAGAUGAGAACACUUGAGGUGAACAAUUAUGCGCUGUCAAUGCAUCUGCAACAAGCACAACAAGGAAACUCCAUUCCUGGUCGAUUCAAUCCCGAUAUAUUUUAAAUAAAGAGAUAGAUGAUGAUUAUGAUAAUGCUGAAGAGUAACUUUCUUGAGAGGUUAGCCAACCGAGCAAAGUUGAUUAUGUUUCAUCAGUAAUACUACAUUUUUAAUAUGUUGCUUUCUUUUUUUAAUGAAUGGUUUAUGUAACAUUACCCGUUUUUACAUCGAAUUGUAAUGCAACUUGUAAAAGUCCCAUAUAUGUUAAUUUAUUAUGACUUUUAAGUUGUGUCA